AUGCAGGGAACUGUGAACUUAAGGUCAAUGAACAAGGUGGAGAACCAUGUAUGGGGACGGGUGCGCUCGGGCUUUAUGAUGUUCGUGCCGAUUCUCGUGACCUACCUGGUGCUGCGUCUUCUUGUGGGCUACACUGACGGGCUGCUUUCGCCGUUGCUUGACUUGCUGCCAUUUAACGCACCGGGGCUGAGCCUGUUUUUGCUGGUCGUUAUUUUCUAUUUUUCGGGUCUUGUACUUUCGCCUCGUGUGGGAAAGAUGGCGAUAAUGGCGCAGCAUGCGAUUUUCAGCCGCAUACCGGUAAUCAGGAGCAUAUACGGGUUGACAGAGCAGGUUGCUGGGCAUCUGUCCGCAUACGAUGGGCACGAGUUCAGCCGGGUGGUGCUGGUGGAGUGGCCGAAGCCGAAUGUGUACGCGGUGGGCUUCGUGACGGGGCAUUGCGAUAUGAAGGGGGACGAUAGCAAGAGAGUUGCCGUGUAUAUUCCGACUGUGCCGAAUCCCACCUCGGGAAUGUUUGCGCUGAUGAGGCUGGGCGAUGUGGUUGACACGGAGAUCACGGUGGAAGAAGCGAUCAAGCUCGUGCUUUCCGGCGGAAUUGUGCUGCCAGAGCAUAUGAACGACAUUGUAAUGCGUCCCCGCGGCCAAACGGACACGAGUGAGAUUGCGGACCCGGAUGAGAUUACGGAUGAGAUUAUAGAUGCAGACUCGGUUGUGACCGUGGGCAGCUACCGCAACGGUCAUAACGGCCAUAAGGAGAAGCAAGUUACUUCAGAAGGCGUCAACUGA